AUGGCAGGUGGAAGUUGGCGCUUGGCCCCAAGACUAGUGGCUGCAGCCGGAGCGUUGGGGGCGAACAUUGCCCAACGUUGGAGGGCCGGGUGGUUCCUACAGGCGGCUGUACUCCGGCGUGGUGCACUCGGUGGCACUUUACGGUGCGCCGAAAUGGGCGGACGCUCUGAGUGCUCGCAACGUCGCCUCGCUGCGACGUCCGUGGCGGGCGAUAGCGCUCAGGGCGGCCCGGGCGUACCGGACGGUGUCAUACACCGCAGCCGGCUUGCUGUCCGGAAGCCCGCCUUGGGACCUCGAGGUCGAAGUCAACUCGAACUCAACUGGCGGGUCAAGGCUGCAAGAGCAGGCGGGAACCGACCCCUCCUGCGCGAAGUACAGCAGUGGAGAGAGGAGGCAAGACAUCGCCUCAUGGAUAAGUGGGAGGAUCGGCUACGAGUUCCGGAUGCCAGUGGGGAACUCGUGGCGGCCAUUCGCCCGAUGUUAAGAGAGUUGUUCGAGCGCCACCACGGCCCACUCACGUAUCACCUGACGCAGCUCAUAACCGGUCACGGCUGCUUCGCCAAAUACUUGUGCGAAAUGGUGGGGAGAGACCCACCACUGCGACGACGGAGCCGUGGACACGGCCGAGCACACGCGUGCAGAGUGCCCAGCUUGGGGGGAGCCUCGCGCAGCCCUGUCCACGGCCUUUGA